CAGUAUAACAAACAGACAGAGGGGCAUUUAAAAGAUGGAGAGAGAUCAGAACAGAACUCCUUGGCCGCAGCUCAAGAGCGGAUACAUACGGAUCACAGGAGCAUCAACAAAACUCAAUUUGAGAGACCAUGAGCACCCAGUUCAGCAAAGGACCCACAUUUGGACUCUCGGCUGAUGUCAGGAAUAAGCUGGCACAGAAGUAUGACCCUCAGACGGAGGAGGCCUUGAGGAUCUGGAUCCAUGAGGUCACAGGUCGAACGGUUCCUGACAACUUCAUGGAGGGACUGAAGGAUGGCGUGAUCCUGUGCGAGCUGAUCAACAAACUGCAGCCUGGAUCCGUUCCAAAGGUCAAUGAUGCGACCCUGAACUGGCACAAGUUAGAGAACAUCACUCACUUUAUUCGAGCCAUCGGUGAAUACGGCCUGAAACCACAUGACAUCUUUGAGGCCAAUGAUCUUUUCGAGGACAUGAACCACACCCAGGUCCAGUGUUCCCUCGUUACAUUGGCUGGAGUGGCGAAGACUAAAGGCUUCUACACAAAAAGUGACAUCGGUGUGAAGUAUGCAGCAAAAAAACUAAGGAAAUUCAAUCCUGACAAGAUGAAAGCAGGGGAUAGCAUUAUCAGCCAGCAGAUGGGCUCCAACAAAUUUGCCAGCCAAAAGGGCAUGACCUCCUAUGGAACCAGGCGCCAUCUCUAUGAUCCCAAUAUAGGCAUGGAGAAACCAGCGGAUCGAUCCACUAUAAACCUCCAAAUGGGCACCAACAAAUGUGCCAGCAUGGCUGGAAUGUUUGCUCUUGGCACGGCGAGACAGGUGACAGAAAAGAACGUGAAUCUAGACCCUGUGGACUCUACAACUGUGUCUCUGCAGAUGGGAACCAAUAAAGUGGCGUCUCAGAGCGGCCUCACCCCGAUGGGAGGCUCACGUCUGGUGUACGACCACAAAUACUGCGCCAAGCCUACUGAACAAGACGCCAUUGAUUUUGUUCAUUAAUACACUUACACUCUGGUAUUCAGCAUUGGUAGAUGAUGUCCCUUUCUCCUGAUCCCAGACCAGCUUAACUAAAACAAAUAAUCAUCUUUAUGUGGCUAAUGAAUUAUAGGCAUUCAGUGCUUAAUUAGAGAAUCAAUUAAGCUGCUCUUUGGUUAGUUUAAAGGGGAUCGCCACACAAAAACUCCAAAACGACUGGUUUAGGUGCUUCAUUAUGAGUCAGUCAUAGUCUGCCUUAUAUAUUAACCUUUGUCUUUAAAUUCCUCAAAAUUUGAUGUAAUUGGUCUUAAGUCUCAGAAUAUCAGAAAUUACAAAGGAAUAUCAUAAGUUACAAAAUUAAACAUGAAGCAAAAAUCAUCAGUUAGAGACUAUAUGUGGGGACAACGAUAAAUACAUCUACACAAAUGUAAUGAAAGCAUAAAAUGGUUAUGUUAUUUGUCUGAAGUGGAAUAGGGACAAGACCCUGUCUCCUACAUUUGGUCCCUUGCUAUCAGUGGUUAAUAUGUAUUUUGUAGGGUCAUUAAACAAAAAUAGAUGAAUGUUCAGAAUAUGCAUUGUGUAAGCAUUGAGGAAGUGUUGCAAUUUGCGCAUUUUACACUUUUGAGCUUUUCAGCCUCUGCUUGCAUAUGCUUGCUUAAUGUUUGAAAUGUUUGAAAUGCAGCAAGAAACACAAAAUGUAUUGGUGGCUGCACAUAUAUAAUUAUUGUUUGUCACUAUUUCAUUACUAUUAUCAUUUUAAUUGUUGCAAAAAAAAAAAAAAAUCCUUAAUUGCCUUGGUGCUAGUCCUAGGCCUAUAUCCUUGCAAAAUCUAUUGACAGUAUUAUGAACAGUGAUUGUAUGGUGAUUUUACCAUAAUACUGAAUGAUUAUAUUGGACCAUGGCACCAAGGUUCUUCAAAGAAUAGCCUACAGUGGAAUUACCAUAGUGCCAUGUCCAUAUGAUACACUGUCAAAAAUAAAUAAAUAA